AUGGAACACGGCUCCAUCAUCACCCAGGAUAUCACCCAGGACGACGCCCCAGAGCUCACCAAGCAAAGUGCGGUCUCCAAGUCGUCUCCUAAGAGGCCUCGUGGACGUAACAUCUUCAAGGCGCCCAGCAUGCUGGCCAGUGCAGCCCCUCCACUGAGCCCACCGCCUACAAGCAGGAAGCCAACCCCAUUGCUGAGUCGGCUUUUCUCCAUACCAGUUUACCAGAUCCCAGGGAUCUGCCUGGCCCUGGAAGCGACCGAAGACCAAGGCAGGAAAUGUGUGGUCACUGACCUAGAGGAAACCCUUGCGCAUAGCUCCUUUAAGCCCACCACCAACGCCUGCAGGGAUGGAGGCGCCGGCUCACCAGGUGCACGUGAUCCAUGGCCUUCCUGGAUGAGCUCCCGAGACGACUGGGGGCGCCCUUGGGAUGUGUUCUCUUCCGGCCAAGCUGGCCAAGGACGCCGACGCUGUGACCGGCGGGCCUGCGGGACCGCGGUGGGGUGUUCCGGGCGCCAGUCCUACACCUUCCACCCGGAGAACGCGGUGCCCGGGCCGCCCUGGUUUGACAGCAUGACCGGCACGGAGUUGCUGACCCUGACCCGCAUCUGCGAGGGGCUGCGGGGCGCGGACGACGACUACACCCGCCUCGGGCAGCCGCAGGGGCCCUGUAGCUUCCCGGCCAAGGCCAGCCCAGCAGGUGCCUCGGCCACAGCAGCCUGA